AUUUUGUCGACUCAAGACGUAAGUUUGUUUCACUUGUGCGCAUAUUUCCAUGUGCUGUUCUAAGUGUAAAUAAAAGCAAAAAAAGUAAAGACAUUUCAAGAGGAGAGUUAAUGAAGUAGAGGAGGAAAAGAAAGAUAUUAAAUUUUAUACUGAAGUGCUAGUUGGAAUAUAAAAUAUAUAUAAAAAAGAAAUAAUUAAAAGGAAGAGCAUUUAAUAUCGUCAAGUGGAACGAGUCUCAUUAAUAAAGAAAUGAUAUAAAAAAGAAACUGACAUUUUCAAGUCUCUCUAAUCUGCAGUAUAUUUAAACAAGAAGAGACGAUUCGACCUCGACUUGGUGCCUAUCAGCAAUUCAUUAAAUUGUUAAUUAAACUACAAAUGUAUAAUUAAUGUGAGCUUCUUUAUAAUCGACGCAGAGUUAAUUUUAAAAGAGUGAAAUAUAAACACAACAAUCACAUUUCUUGACGUAAUUUUGAUAACGACUUUGCCUCAAUCUCUCACAUGGUCGAGAAAAAAAAAUAAAAGAAAUCUUUUGAAGAAUUUGAGUUAAUUUAAUCAAACGAAGAAAUAAAUUUAUACAAAAAAAAAAGGCACAGGAGGGAGAAUACUAAAAAUUAAUUCUUUAUUGUGUGUGAAAAAAAAAUCACUGAAUUAAAUUUGAUGUGGGCUUGAUAUAAUAAUAACAAUAAAAAUCAACAACACAAAAAAAUAUAAUUUUUUUCUCCGUGAAUUAAUAAAUAAUGUCUAAUUAAAAUUACUUAAUUCAUUUCCAAACGAAAAAAAUAAAAUAACUCUACACCGACAUUCGUUCAUUUGCAGUGAAUUAUAAAAACAACAAAAAAAAUAUUGUUAAUUAAAAAGGAAUUGUGUUGUAUGUAACGAGCUCGCGGGUUAAGAGAGAGAGAAAGAAACGAUUCGCGGCUUUGUGAGAAAUCAUUAAAUGUUUAUAAUUAAAUGAUUAAAUGAAUGAAAUUUAAUUCGCCGUACGCAAUAAGAUAGAAAAGAAAUAAGCUGUAGAAGAAGAAGAAGUGAAAUAGGAAAGAGAGUGAGCUUGUGUGUAAUUAAGUCUCAUAGCUGCUUAAUUAAAUUGUUCUGUGGAUAAUUCAUACCUUCAGAUCCGGUGGAAUUCAAAUAAAGUUUUCAUAAUGCACUCAACAAUGGAGACAAAACCGGACAUUCAAAAUCAUCAUCCUUCUGCAACAUCACAUUCAGGCGGUUCAGUAAAUGGCACAUCUCAACAAACUCAGCAGCAAAUUCAACAACAGCAAUCAACACACAAUAAUCAACAACAAAAUAACUCUAGUCAACUAUGUGCAGGCUGUGGCAAACAUAUAGCAGAUAAAUUUUUGCUUCGAGCAUUAGAUUUGUUAUGGCAUGAAGACUGCUUGGUCUGUGGUUGCUGUAAUGCUAGGCUGGGAGAAGUUGGAAGUACUCUAUUUCAGAAAGGGAAUUUAAUGUUAUGUAAAAGAGACUAUUUGAGGCUGUUUGGCAACACAGGGUAUUGUGCGGCAUGCAAUAAAGUGAUUCCAGCAUUCGAAAUGGUUAUGCGAGCAAGAAGUAACGUGUAUCAUUUGGAGUGUUUUGCAUGUCAACAAUGUAACCAUAGAUUCUGCGUUGGUGACAAGUUUUAUUUGUGUGAUAACAAAAUCCUUUGUGAAUAUGAUUACGAGGAGCGUCUAGUGUUUGCAUCAAUGGCAAAUCAUCCAAUCUUAAAGCGAAAUGCAACUGUAAAUCUUCCAGGCACACCACCAACACUUCCAAGCAUUCCAACUUCCGUGCCAUCACCAAUUCAGCAGAAUGGUCAUCAUCAUGGUCUUUUAUCAAAUUUAGCAUCAUCUCCACGAUCUCAAAAUAAUGAUUUAAAUAAUAAUCAAAAUGGAUUAAAUGGUGUAUCGUCACCGUUUGGAACUCCAGGGCAUAUGAAGCAGGUUAUUACUACUAACUGAAAUCAGGCACGUUGGCACAAAUGGAAUGGCUAAAUUAGAUUUUAAUUUUAAAUUAAACUUCAGAAAUUAGUUGCUUGUUAAAUAUUAUUUCCUUAUUUUUUCGUAUGAAUCGUUAUGUGACUAUCUUCUGUAGUAUUAAAUUAUGAAUUUCCAAGUUGAAUUUUACAACAAAUUUCCUUAAUUUUACUUAAAUAGUACAAUAUAUGAGAAAAAUUAAAUUUUUUUAACAACUUAUAAUAUCUCCUUAAUCAGUAACUGUGCCAAAUGAAAUACUCAACAAAGAUUCAUCGAAAAUUCUCUGUAUUAUGAAGCAACUUUCUAUAAUUAAUGAAAGAACAAGCUCAAAAUAAAAAUAUUUUAUAUUAUAUAAGCCAAAUAGUAAAUGGAACACUCCUUGCAAAUCGUAGGGUUAAAAAAUAAUAUGAUAUAAAAUCAAAUGUCACAUUUAUAAACAAUGUGGAAAUUAUUUUAAAUUUAUAAUGACAUUUAGAUGAUUUAAGAAUCAUUUCUUUAUUGAAAUAAGGUACCCGAAUAGCACAAGUCGGUUAAUCGAUCAGAAAUUCGACAAAAAGCUUGUGUGACUCUAGCAUGGUGCUGGAUUUAAAACCAAACAAGCAUCAGUCGGCUUAACGCUGGAUUUCUAUUAUAUUAACCAAGGCGUGGAAACUCAGGAUUAAUCCUGAAAAAAACCGAAAAAAAAAUUCCUGAGCCAAUAAACAUGGAAAUGUGAAAUCUCUUUUAAAUCCCUGAUGCAUUUGA